GUUAAAAAAGUAAUUGGCAAUUGUUGUUCUAACACACAAUUGUAUUGUAAUCUGACUCAGAAAUAUAAAUUUGACAUCUAACAAAUAAAUACAUGUUUGCCCGACUCAAAUUCUCAGAAGUUUGCUUAACAAGGAGUUUUAAAUCGCCUAUAUAAGAUUUUUUGAGUUCCCUCAACUGUAAACUCAUGGGCAUGCGCACUGCUCAUGUUCAUGGACACGCCUACUACGGUACGGGGUUUCCUAUCCCUUUCUUCAAAUGCACAGCCUUCCCUCGCGUUUGAGAAGAUUGGCGGACUUGAGAUUUUCAGAUCUGUUGAUAGACUAUCAUCCUCUAGAACAAUACAAAGUUGGUGGGAAACUGAUGGUGACCACAAGGACAUUCAUCCUCAACUAAGCCAUCAAAAAUGACUUUGUUACUUCGAGUAGUUAUCUCUCCAAAAGAAGCCCGUCGAAUCCUGCUCACAGAGGUACCAGCAUCUGUUGACCAGCUCAUCAAUGUACUUAAAGACAAAAUCCAGUUGGAAGGUGAUUUCUCACUCCAGUUCGAGGACCCCGAUUUUUCAAAUGCAUUAUGUCAGUUGACUCAAAUGUCAGAGUUGCCAGAUGGGCGUGCAGUCUUGCACAUUGUGUGUAACACUGGGGCAUCUCCCCUCAACCUAUCUGAUAGCCAUUCGAUUGGCUCAGUGUCCUCCCUUGACACAGCCAGCUUACACUCUGAGGACUGUAAUGAAGCGCAGAGAAGCCCUACUCGUUCCUUCCAGGGGAGCUUGUUCGAGUCCCUCCCUGCUCCCUCCUCAAGUUCUGUCCAGGGGAGCUUGUUCGAGUCCCUCCCUUCUCCCUCCUCAAGUUCUGUCCAGAGCAAUACAGAUUCUCCCCAGACCCCUUUAAGGCGUACCACCCGGUGGCCAAAUCCAUUCCCAAUCCCUAAAUUUGCGUAUGAUGUUGAGCUGAGAUUGCGUAAGGGAAAUGAGGUAUAUGAAAGAACACAGAAGCGCCUCAUUCUUACAGGAGAUAUGAGAUCUGACAUUGUGAAUAAACUUUGGCAGAGUAUUUUUGAUAUCAGAGGUGCCUAUCCCAGUAAGGAUGAAUUGGUGUCUGUUGCAUCUGGUCUUCUGGUCAAGUAUCCUUGUCUAAAGGAGACAGAUAGUGUAACUGGGUAUGAUGGAUGGCUGAAGAGUCUUCAUUAUAAGAUGGGCAACUUCAGGGCAAAGUUGCGUCGUGCAGGCUGCAAUGAGGUGAUGGUGAAUACAAAAAGAAGGGGAGAGGAUGGAGUGGCUGCUCCGUUCAUCCUGAAAAGGGCCAAACGUGGAGAGGUCAACCAUGUUCCAGAAUAUCCAGACAACCAUGAUGGUACCACUCUUGAGGAGGAAAGGCUUGCACUGAUUGAAGAAAUGAAGAAAAGGAACAUGGAGAAAUCGUAG